UUAAUCAGAGAGCAGCAGGCGUUGAUAACGAGGACAACAGAGGAGCACUUCCCUUUGACAUACAAAAUCUAUAUAUAUAUAUCGCAUUUAAAUAUAAGAUUCAAAUAUAUUUUUUACCCCAAAACACAACAGAAAUGAUCCUCAUCGGCUUGAAGCUGAGCGUGGUCCUCGUGCUACUCCUUGGGUGCACGCAUCAUCUUGUUCAGGGAAAGUGCAGCGUGGAGCAUUGCACGGACCCCACCAGGUGUGUUCUGUCUAUAGGCCAAAUAAGCUGCAAAUGUGCCAUUGGAUAUUAUGGCGACCAAUGUGACAAAGAUGCACACAUAAAAGUAAUGUGUGGCAGGGACUACAUAACAGUCAGAGCAUUAGAGGAUUUCUUCAUGUAUCACAACGUGCCACUGGAGUCCCUGCACUUGUCCAACAAAUCUUGCCGUGCUCAGAGAGAAGUCAUCCAUGGUGUGCCGUACUACAUAUCCCGGACAACUAAAGAGAAAUAUCUAGCCUGUGGAGGCAAGCAGCUGGAGAAAAACCUUACUCACAUCUCCUAUUCCCUGAGUCUACUGUCAGAUCCUCAGGUUACUGGAAACAUCAUCAGAGAUCCAGUCAUUAAGAUUGAAUACAAAUGCAUCUAUCCAUACAUCAGGAGAGUCAGCCUACCUUUCCUGGUCGUCCCCGUUUCCAGUGAGACAGUGAUGCGUGUAGAUGAACUUGAUGCCACAAUAGAGCUGAUGCUUUACACAGACCAGUCCUACUCUAAGGCCUACAGCAGUUCCCCCACCAUCGAGCUCAGAGACAAGGUGUAUGUGGAGGUGACGGUCACAGAGCCUGCAGAUUUCUUCCUGCUCCGGCUCAAUGAGUGCUGGGCCACACAGUCCUCCCAGCCUAGAACUGCAGAGGGACUGGUUCACACGCUGCUUAUGAACGGGUGUGUGAAUGACCAAACUGUUGUCUUUCUAAACGGGAGCACGGGACAGCCUGGCCGUAACGGAGAAAGUUCUACUGUUCGCUACAGCUUCGACAUGUUUCGCUUCACAUCCACACCUCACGACCUCUAUCUGCACUGCACUGUCCAGCUCUGUGAACCAGACGACCACGAGUCCUGCACACCUAACUGUAAAUCGAUCACUAAGAGAGAAGCGGUGAGAGCAGACCCCCCCCUGGGCCUCCUGUCGUAUGGACCCAUCCGGAUUGAAGUGCCAGACGGAGCUCAAUCUAGCGUACUGAUGACGGUGGUGCUUCCUGUAGCCGCUGUCUGGACGGUUGGCUUCUUCCUCAUCAUCCUCAUCACCGUGGCCAAAGCAAGGCAGCAGGAGGCUUGCACAAACUGAGGAGCACUGACAACAACAAUGCUGCUAUUGGCAGCUUGAAUAAAACUUUCAAAAGAAA